GCCGCGGAGCCAGGCGGAGGGCAAGGGCGCCGCUGGCCGGCCCGCCGGGCCCUCUCCGCACCGCUCUCGCUGGAGUUUGAAGAGGAACUGGCAGGCCUGGAGGGGGCUGCGGCACGGACAUGCACAGCGCUCGGCUUGACAGUUUCCUGGGCCAGCUGCGCUGGGAACUGCUGUGUGGCCGGGACACUGGCUCACCCCCAAUGCCUGGUCCCCUUCCGCCACCCCCCAAACACCGCCCAGGCGUGCGGCUCAAGCACCAGCUCAGGGCCUCAGAUGCGUUGGAAGAGGACUCGGUUUGUGGUGUGGAGGAAGAGGAUGACGAAGUAGGGGUGACAGGAGACAGGAGUGCAGCCUUCGGGGGCCCCAGGGAGCACGGCCUGGACUGGGACUCUGGCUUCUCAGAGGUGUCGGGCAGCACAUGGAGAGAGGAAGAGCUGCCCGUACCCCAGCACCCAGCAGCCUCGGCAUGGCCCCCCCGGAGACAGCGCCUCUCAACCAGUGGUGUUGCCCAGCCUAGCGGAGCGCCCAUGGCCCGGGUACCACCUGUCCACCGACCACGGCCCAAGUCCACCCCAGAUGCCUGCCUGGAGCACUGGCGGGGGCUAGAAGCUGAGGACUGGACCACAGCCCUGCUGAGCAGGGGUCGUAGUCGCCAGCCCCUGGUGCUGGGGGACAAUUGCUUUGCGGACUUGGUGCACAACUGGAUGGAGCUGCCCGAGGCAGCGGGUGAGGGGGACAAUGGGGGUGGGCCCCGUGCGCGUGCUCGGCCCCCCCAGUUCCUGCUGGGCCUCUCUGAGCAGCUGCGGCGCCAGCUAGCCAGGGCGCGCCGGGCAGCACUGGCAGGAAAGCGACUGUCAUGCCCACCUCGCCCAGAACCCGAACUACCUGCAGAUGUCUCACGCUUUGCAGCCCUCAUGAGUUGCCGCAGUCGGCAGCCCAUCAUUUGCAAUGAUGUUGUCAGCUACCUCUGACCCUGCCCUCCAGCCUGG